AUCAGUAAGACUAUAAGUGGGAGCUCUCGUGUUUUGUUAAACAAGGCUACCAGUACACAGGAUGAUAUUUAAUUUUUGUCAGUUAUUAAUACUUCACUCUAAUAUAUGCAUGUGUUUUGCUAUAAAGUACAAUGUUCUCUUAUUUUAUUUCUGUUACUUAUUCUUUUUACAUUACAGUUACCCUACUUUUGAUUACAUUCUCUGCAUUUUAUUAUUAUUGUACUCGACAUUUUGAAUACUGGCAAAAAUUAAACGUACCAUUCAUACAGCCAAUUCCGAUUUUUGGAAAUUUGUUUAAAAUGGUCAUUGGAUCCUGUCAUUAUAAAGAUAUACUUGACGAAAUUUAUAGAUAUCGUGCUGAAGAGAAAUAUGUUGGGCUUUAUCAAAUGAUGGCGCCUACGCUAAUGGUACGUGACCCAGAGCUCAUUAAUAAUAUUCUUAUUAAAGAUUUUUCUCAUUUUACUGAUCGUGGUAUACCCGCUGACAUUGAAAACGCCCCUCUCCUUAACCAUUUAUUUUCAAUGGAAGGUGAACAGUGGAAAAUAAUGAGACGUAAUAUGAGUCCAGCUUUUACGUCACGAAUGUUGAGAAACAUGUAUGAUCAAAUUAAUGAAUGCAGUGAUGAAUUAAUUGCGCAUAUCAAUUUGAAGUUAAAUAAAAUCGAUACUAUUGAAAUAAAAAGAUUUAUUGGAAACUAUUCGACCGAUGUCAUUGGAACUUGUGUUUUUGGCUUAAAACUUAAUUCUAUAGCAAAUGAAAAUACUCCAUAUCGAAAUGCUAUUAAAGAAAUAUUUAACCCUUCCACGAAAACAAUAAUAAUUCAAUUACUUACAUUUUUAAGUCCAACAAUAAAAAAACUGCUAAAGCUUAAAGAUAUACCAACACAUAUCACAGAUUUUUUCGAAACAUCUUUUCGUGAUACGAUGAAGUAUAGAAAAGAAAACAAUAUUUUGAGGAAUGAUCUUGUACAAUGCCUAAUUGAUGCUAAUACAAAUUUAGUAAUAAAUAAAAUUGAGCCAACAGGUAAUUUUUUACAACUUAAUUAGUAGAGUUUUCUUUAUGAAGAAUCUAUAAUUUUUAUUUUUAUGUACAAUCAGUGAAGUCAAUAAAAAGUAUCAUAUAUAUUAAAUAUCUUUUCAAAUUUAGUACUAUAGUAAUCGUCUGUAUUCAGAUUUUUUCAAUCCACAAAAAAGUAGUAAAAUGUUCGUCUAUAUACGGUUAGGGAAGUUUUGAGGUCUUCUUCAAAUCUCCCGUACUGAAUACUUAGCUAUCGCUUUGGAUUGAGCUUAAACAACAUAAGGAAUACAUUGUUUACGUUGUAAAAUCAAAAAAAAAUAUUUUUAAUAAAGGGCGAUCCUAGAGAUAAUUUUUAGGAGUAUGGGAUGAAUUUUACCAACUUUUGAUAAUACAUUUGCCAACUGAAUUAUCUCAAUGAGUAAAAAUAUCGACAAUAUAUUUUGAAAGUAUUAACCAUGAAUGACUUUAAUAAACUUUUAGUGGGCUGAUGACCCCUUUAAUGAAAUCUUCUCUGUUAAUUCAACAGAAAAGAAGGUGUGUAACAUUUGGCACUUAUGAAAAUAAAAAUGUUUAUAAGAUUUGAAGCUUGAUUUUUAAGAGUUUAGGGAUUCAAUAAUAAAUAUAACUAACAAUAAAAAAACAACAGAGAGAUUAAAGUUGUAAAUUAAAGUUGUCAGAAACAUGAGAUAAUAAAAAAUGUCAUCAUUAUACUCAGUACAGUUUCAUAUUGACAAAGUUGGAAACGAUCAAGUUGAAAACAUUAUAAAUUGUUAUCCUCAAACAAAAAAACCUAACGUGUAUUACUAUGAAGACUAAUAUUUAAGAAAUUGUAGCUAUUUCUAAUAACCAUAAUAAAUGGUCAUAAAAACUAAAUUAUUAUAGAAAUAAUAAAGAAAAUAAAUAAAUAUAACAUG